AUGUCGGAUAUUAUGGAAGAUGACAAGAGGAGCGAAGCUUCGCCGAAACCGUCUCAAUUAACUCCCUUCAGCAUCGCAGACAUACUGAGCAGAAGAACUUCUUACACCGAGCGACGAUCCUCGGAGUCGGAGGAGGCUCAUGGUGCAGCGUCGUUCCCGAAGAAGCCUAAUCAGAGGAGCUACGAUUGCUCGGAGAACGAGCACAGAGAGAGUCAAUUGGAGGAUCACAAUCAGAUGGCCAGAUUCUCUAGGCUAGCCUCGCCUGAUUUGAGCGUAGCUCGAGAACUGGAUAUCUUGACGAGGAACCUGGUUCACGCGAAUAUUUCCAACUUUGGGACCAUUCCACACCUGGCGCAAGGGACGUUCAAGCAUCUGGAGAGUUUGGGGAACAUGGGCGGUUACCAGCCGGUGAAGGAGUCCAGGGAAUCCUCGCAGAGGCAGCAGGACGAAGCUUUGGACAUGAGCAAGAACAAAUACUUGGAGGACGGCGAAGAGGAUAUGUACGAGACGCAGAAUCACGGACAAAAUCUUCAGAGUAGAAAGAAACGAAGCAGGGCGGCGUUCUCGCAUGCACAGGUUUACGAGCUCGAGAGACGAUUCGCCGCGCAGAAAUAUUUGUCGGGACCGGAACGAGCGGAUCUAGCGCGAGGACUCAAGCUGACGGAGACGCAAGUGAAGAUUUGGUUCCAAAACAGACGGUACAAGACCAAGAGGCGGCAACAGCAGGAACUGGGCGCGUUGGUUAAUUCCGGAAACGCGAGGCGCGUGGCAGUGCGAGUUCUCGUGCAUCCGGACGAGCAUCUGAGGGGACUACCACUUCGUGGUUCCGGCCAACUUCCCGGGCAAAUGUCUGCCCCGCAAAUUCAUCCGGCGAACAAAGCUCUCGGCGGUUUCCCGUACUACUGUCUCCCCUAUCAUCCCUUGCUCUGCCCGCCCCUUCACUCCACUCAUAUUCAGGUGCAAAACACGAUCGCGCCGGACCUCGAUCCGAGUCAACUGGCCAAAUUGAACGACGACAAGUAA